AUGGAUCGUGAGAAGCGACGCAGCGAGGAGCAUGAGGCGGAACUCGAUCGCAGAAUCGCCCUCAUUCGGGAAAAGAACCAGCAAAUUGAGCAGCGUACUAAGGAGAUCGAAGAGGAUCGUGCACGCAAUGAGGAUUCGACAGCGAAAUCUCCAAAGUCAUCGUCUCAAACGCCUUCUCCCAAAGCGACAACUCCGGACCGUAACGGUAAUGGACAGUGGAGUCGUGAGUGGGACAAAGGAAAGACACCUGCCGAAACUUGGCGGGAGAAUGUGCCUUCGAUGGAUUUGAAGGGUCGAUUGGCGGGUCAAAAUGGCGCUAACACUAAUAAUAAUAAGGAUAAUAACGGUAACCACACGAAUAACGCCGGAGGUGGAUCAGGUGGAAACCGAAAAGGUGGCAACAAAAACGGAAACCAAAAUGGAGGAGCACAGAAGCAUCAGAAGGAUGGUGUUAAGAUUCCAUCGAGAUUGGAGGGAAGAAUCACAUUCCCAUUUAAGGACGAGAAAGAAGGGAGUGGAAAUGGAAAUGGAAAUGGAAAGAAGGGGGGUCAUGGAAAUCAAGGAAGGGGUGGAAACCAUGGAAAGUCUGGAAAUCAGAAAGAUGGAGGACAUCAAGAGAAGAAAAUUUCGAUCGGUGCCGAUGGAGGAGAGGUUAACAGAGGUCAGAGAAGACGUGGAAGUCAGAAGGACCAAAAAGAGCAGCAGCAGAAAGAACAGAAAGAGAAUAAGAACAUUCAGAAAAAAGAAAAAGAUGGAAAAGGAAAAGUGCAACCGGCUGGGGAUAAGAGUGUUGAGGAGAAGAAAAAAAGCAAAAAUCCUCGAUCUCGCCGUGAGAGUGACAACUAUGCAGUUCGAAAAGUGGUUCACCGGAUGGUCGACAAGGUUUGCUGGAUGGAGAGAGUUGAGAAGAGAAAGGCAAAAAAUGAGUUGCUCGGCGAGCAGGAGGAGUUAGAAGAGGAACCGAAAAGUGAAGAUGAGGUUGAUGCUCCAGAAGAGAAUGAUCAGCCAUCUGAUCAAGUAUCCGAGACGCAAAAAGAUUCUGAGACAGCUCCAGAAAAUAAGAAAGAAGAGGAGGCCAAGUCUGAAACUCCAGAAGCUUCUGCCGAAAUUGAGAAGAACGAGGAAACAAAAGAAGAGAGUCCAAAACCAUCAGAAGAAUUGAAAGAAGACAGUAACCAGAAUGUGAUCAAUUUGGUGAAAGCCAAAGUGGUGUCAAUGUCCACUUCCCAAGUCCUCGAAUAA